AUGGGUCGAGGACCAAAGAAGCACCAGAAGCGCCUGAGCGCCCCCUCCCACUGGCUCCUGGAUAAAUUGUCCGGUGCUUAUGCUCCCCGUCCGUCGCCUGGUCCUCACAAGCUACGAGACUGCUUGCCCCUCGUCAUCUUCAUCCGUAACAGAUUGAAGUACGCUCUCAACGCUCGCGAGACCAAUGCUAUCCUCAUGCAGCGCCUCGUCAAGGUUGACGGCAAGGUCCGAACCGACGUCACCUACCCUACUGGCUUCAUGGACGUGAUCGGCAUUGAGAAGACGGGCGAGAACUUCCGUCUGGUCUACGACACCAAGGGCCGUUUCACCGUUCACCGUAUCUCCGCCGAGGAGGCAGAAUACAAGCUGGGCAAAGUGAAGCGUGUCCAGCUCGGCAAAGGCGGAAUCCCAUUCUUGGUUACGCACGAUGCGAGAACGAUCCGCUACCCCGACCCAGCCAUCAGAGUCAACGACACUGUGAAGAUUGACCUUGCUACUGGCAAGAUCACUGAUUUCAUUAAGUUUGAUACUGGUGUUAUCUGCAUGGUCACUGGUGGUCGUAACAUGGGCCGUGUUGGUGUCCUCACUCACCGUGAGCGCCACGACGGUGGUUUCGGUAUCGUCCACAUCAAGGAUGCCAUUGACAACACCUUCGCUACUCGUGAGACCAACGUCUUUGUUAUUGGUCACGAGAAGCCAUGGAUCAGCUUGCCAAAGGGCAAGGGUGUCAAGCUUUCCAUCGCAGAAGAGAGAGAUCGUCGCCGGGCUAUGACCCUUGCUGGUCGCUAA